AUGGCCGCCACAACCUCCUUGCUCGCGCGCUCACCGUCGAUUUGGUCAUUGGCUAGCCGGCGGUGCUAUAGGAGGAACAGGUCGUACCGCUAUUCCUACUGUGCCUGCUGGAAUACCGACAUAGGCGCCGACGCAGGCUGCUCCUCCGCCAUGGCGGCGUUGAAGUGCGCAUGCGGCUGCUCCAUAGUGAAGCCGACAUGCACAGAUGCGGGCUCCUCCGCCGCCCCCGCCCCCGCACCAUGGCCGGCCUCCACCCCUGCGUCGACGACGAGGAGCCCGAGAGUCACCACGCCUCCCCGCCCUCAAGUGGCUCCAUCCACAUCGCCCCAUCCGCAUCCGGCUAGCUGGAUCCGCGUCGCCCCAUCUGCAUCCGGCUACCUGGAUCCGCGUCGCCCCAUCCACAUCCGGCUACCUCGAUACUUCGUCGCGGACCGCUUCUUCGGUGGGUCGCGGCGUUGCGCAGGUGUGGCGGAGGUGCCGACGUUCACGCAGGCGAGCGAGUCGCACCAGCGGCGGAUCACGGAGGCGAUCCUGGAGCACGCGCUCAAGAUUUGCUCCGAUAAGAAUGUGGUUGUGGGGGAUCCCAAGGAGAAGAUCUGCGAGGUGGCGGCCGAACUCAAGGCCGAUCUGCUCGUCAUGGGGUGCGGUGCUUUCGGCCCCUUCAAGAGGAUGUUCUUGGGUAGUGUGAGCAACUACUGCAUCAACAGCGUGGGCUGCCCCGUCGUCGUGAUCAAGGGCACCUGACCCAUCCUCGACCCAACAAACAUUCCUCAUUGUAUUCCACACCAUGAUUCUUGAGGUUUCUACUGUGUUGUACGUACGUACUCCUGUGAAAAUUCACUGCACACUUCCAAGACUACUAUAUGGCUUAUUGACCUCGGAUCUGGUGAAGGGCGCCAAGGAGAAGUAGCUCAAGGUCAAGGGCCCCGUCAGGAUGCUGCUCAACAUCACCACCAGAAAGUUCCCCUGUGGAGAAGGAGCUCUAGGCUGAAGAAGUUCGAAGAAGGGAACACUUCAUCUUUGUAGCUAGUUUUAUCUUCUUGGGUGUUUUAUGUUCCUGGGUGUUUACUUCAGAGAUGUUCCUGGAUGUUCCUGGGUGUUCUAAAUUCCUGGAUGAUGUGAACUAUCGCAUGAUUGUAAUAUAUAUAUAUAUAUAUAUAUAACUCAUUUUGGUCGUCAUUUGUGAAAAUUUGUGUGAUUGAAAUAUUGGAAAUGUUGAUUAUUUAUUGUUUUUUGAGGAUCAGAUCAUUAAUUGCUGAUACAUCAGAAAUGAAACAAAUACUAUUUGGGCCCAAAAAAGGCCACAAAUCAAACAAUUUAGGAAAAUGAACAAAAUCGCUUGAAAACCAAUUGUGAAAAGGUGAAGGCC